AUGUGGUGUAAGAAUACCCUGUACCUCUUCUUCCUCCCUCUCAUAUGUGCAAUACAACGACCUAUCUUACCAUAUCAUCCUGAUCGAGCCCUUCUUCCCCUUAUGCCCCAUUUCGACCCUUCUGAAUUCAGAAGUGAGGCUUACAGCAAUGAUAAAAGAGGCGAUAUCGGAAGAAGGAUGUAUUCACAAGAUGAGAUUACAUCAUGGACUGGUAUGGAAAAAGAUAAAAGGCAAUUGAAGUGGGAAAGACAAAUCUCGUAUGAGGGUAAAACGUUUUUUGAUGGAUGGGACUUCUUCACUCAGCCCGAUCCAACGCUUGGUCUGGUAACGUAUGUCGACAAUAUGACAGCUUUCGGCAGUGGAUUGGCAUUCUGGACAGGAGAUGGUAAGCCUGGUAUUCAGGUUGACCAUUUCAAAUCGACACCCGUCGGAACCCCUCAAAACUCGGUGAGGAUCAAUACGAAAGCAAUGUUCGCGGGAGGACUGUUCAUUAUUGACCUAGCUCUUAUGCCUUGGGGAUGUGGUGUCUGGCCAGCGUUCUGGACUUUGGGAUAUAAUGGUGAAUGGCCAUCUACUGGUGAAAUAGAUAUAAUAGAAGGCAUUCAAGCUAUGACAAAUAAUCACACUUUGCCAGGAUGCGAGAUCAACCAGAGUCCUGGCAUGUAUACAGGCAGCUUAGGUAAUACUGUUUGCGAUUCUACUACUGGUGGCAGUGGUUGUACGAUAGUUUCAAGUUCCGAUUCUUCUUUCGGUAUGCCAUUCAACGCGGCCGGUGGUGGAGUCUUCGCUAUGUUGUGGACUGGUGAUGGCAUCAGAAUGUGGGACUGGAAUAGGGCUCAGAUACCUUCGGAUAUCAAGUCUGAUACACCGGAUCCAACAACGUGGGGCACGUCAAGAGCAGCUUGGGAUGCAUCGACCUGCGAUCCUGGUAAAUACUUCCAAGCUCAGGUCCUGGUCUUGAAUAUUGAUUUAUGUGGUGUCUGGGCUGGAGCAUUGUACUCUAGCUACCCUUAUUGUCCAGGUACAUGUGCAGAAUAUAUCUCAGAUCCGAAGAAUCUCAAUAACACAGUCAUGCUACUGAACUAUAUCAAAGUAUAUCAACAAUCGGGUACCUCACAUAUCUCCGAACAAGCUCAGAGCAAUUCCAACCUUACGGGUGCCGGAGGAAACGCAUCUCUGAACGCAAGUGAGAUCAAUGCAAGCGUCAAAACUACUAAAACAUCAACCGAUGUUCCCGGGACGACGGGAACUGGAAAUGAUAGUUCAAAAGCCCAAGUACCUGAUUCAGCCCAUACAGUAUCAUGUGUAUUCAUGCCUUUCAUAAUUCUUAGCGUUAUAUUGUCAAUCAUACUGUAA